GACUGCCUCCAAAUCAGUCUUCCUAACAGCUUCAAAGCGAGCACAUCAAAAACCAAAAAUGAAGCGAGAGUAAUAGUGUUUAAGCGAAAGUUUUCUCAAUUCGCUUUACCAUUUUGACCUCAAAAUUGACUCGUUCUAAUCAACUGACCACACCGUUCUUUCCCCUCGGAAUAGUACCAAUCACAAUCGAUCAAAAUUACGAUGCUUUCGAAGAGCAAGACGCUGUGUUCAAUGUCGCAUGUGCUGCAAAAGCAGGUGUCCAGCAUAUUAUUGUCCUGUCGCCAGUUCAACAAGGAGUCUGAGGGCAGUCUGUACUCGCCGGAUGGCUGGGAGCAUGGACUCCCGAAGAUACCGACCGAGCCGCGCAAGGACCUCAAGCCAAGGGAGCCGAAGGACAAGACCAAGGUGUACGAUGCCUGCUGGCAGUCGAUGCGCCGCACCGAGUACAAGUGCAGGUCGGACCCCGAGUUCAAUGUGCACGCCUUCAUAGAUGCCCGCAAGCACUGCCUGGCAGAUCCCUGCGCCACCGAUGUCCUGUCCCUGGACCUCACCCACUACAAGCCCUCGGACAUGGGCAAUCGCUGCUAUCCGCGCACCUGGUCCGAGUGCGUGGUCAAGCGGCGCAAGCGCAAGGCCCACUGCGUUCCAAUUCCACCGCCGAUGCCGCGACGCCAGCGCAAGGACACCAAGGCCUGCUGCCCCGACAUGUGCGUUUUGGGCCGGCUGGACCUCAAGCUCACCAAGCCCUGCCAACUGAUGAAGUCCACCGCCUGUCCGCGCUUCAAGAUGCCCAACUGCUGCGUGGCCGCCCGCAAUCCGCCCAAGUGCCGUCGUCCUUUCAGACGAUGUGGCAGCCGGCGAAAGACCAAGUAUCCCAGUUUCUCCGAGUGCUGUAAGGAUCCCUUCCCGGAUGACCGGCCCAUCGAGUGCAACUGCCUGCUCCGGCCGGCCAUCUGUGACAUGUGGCGGUACUAUCGCCGAAGGAACAGCUAGCCAAACCUUCUGCUUACCACUUCCUUUAUACCGAAUUGGACAUUUUUCCAUUGCCUUUCCGCUUUUAUUUAGUUCUGACUAUGAAAAUUGUUUCGUUCAGAUGCCUACCGCUGACUUGAAGAUCUGAGCCUUAAAUAUAAAAGCGUGUUAUCCUUCAAUCCACCAAGGGAAAAUUUUCUAAAAUUUUCACGUUCUGCAGCUAUUUUGAUUUCUAUAAAAUAAACUGUCAAAUUGAUUUAAGAUCAA